CCGUAGAUUUGUACUGAAUGCCGCCUCCGCGGUUGUUGCGACAUCGUGCUAUUGCCCUGCUGCAAAUGCUUAUGUUCCGAACAUCUGCACGUCAGUCCUCUCCAUGCUGGAGGAUCCUUCAUUGGACACCACACUGAUCAAGGACACGCUGGCUGUGACUCGUGCGUACCUCUCGCGCGUGUGUGUGUGUGCAUGCUCGCAGGGCGGCACGUGUAUGUGUGUGUGUGUGUCUACGCCCCAAGAGAAGGUAAUUGUGGAUACUUGGGCGCGACUACUGUACGACCCCCGGUGGGAAGUAAGAGACUCGGUGGUAGAAUGUCUGCACGGCACUAUAAAGGAUGCUCAUACAGAAGCGAGAAAAGCUACAAGUAUACGACGCGAAUAUCUAUGUCAUAGACAAUCAGAUGUGCUCAGCGCUGAUGAUGAUAUCCCAUUUAUUGAUGGAAAAGCAAGGAUUGGAUUUGAGCACCCUGCAAGUCGAUAUGCCAAGUUUGUAUCCGCUUUGAAGACGUCGAGUGCGGUACAUGGCAUGUGGCGCGCGUGUACCGACAAAGACGCAUAUGUUCGGAGCUCGAGUAUGCGGGCCAUGUGCGACCUUCUAGCCUUUGAGCCCACACGUGUGAUAUUACAGACCUAUUUUGCGGACGAUCAAAAUCUGUACGCAGACACGUGCAGCAAGAGAGACCCCAUAGCGAGCCAGGUAGCUCACAAAACACACGAGGUGGUGCCCAUACCACCACAUCUCACCGAAAAGGACCGAAACCGCAUGCUAGAUGCAUACUUUGCGGACAAGGAGAUGACACCUAUAAUUCCAGGCAUGGUGCCAGUUCUAGAUAAGAUCGACAACGAAGAAGUUAAUGUGCGUGAGGAUCAGAAAGCUCGGACUAUGGAUGAGAUUGCCAAACAGAACACGCGCUUGUCUCCGCCAAGCAAUGGUCAUUCGCAAGCAUCGAUAGAUGAGUAUGACACUACACACGAAUUAUAUCACAGCCGCAUGGUGGUUUGUCAGAGUGUGGAAUUCAUAAGAGUCAUACUCAGUAUAUGCAAGAUGGCUCGGGCACGUGUGCGGACCGAUCCGGAAGCGUUCUGUCGGAGGGCGGCGAUUGAGCUGCUCGACGGCAUUCUCACCUCAUAUGCCUGUUGCUGCACACCAGAGUUGUCGCAACUGGCCGGAUGUUUAUAUCGAGCCGGCGAUAGUGACCCCGACACAGAAGUGCGUACCCGAGCAAUUCAUCUCAUGUUGUCACUUAUCCCGGAGGAAAAACUUCAUUGUUUCAAUCAAGCCCACGAUUUCACAAUGAAUGGCGCCCCUGUAGAUCAUGUAGAAUAUGGUGCCCUAGCUGGAGGUCGCAUGAAUGGGAGCCACGAGAUUUCCGAUGACAUAGUGAAUUCGUCAUCAUUGUCAGACCUGUCGGUCGGUGUACAGCCUCCAUCAAGACACGGAGCCUGCAUACGUGCACGCAUAGAGUUGUUUAAAAUGUCUAAAGCCGCUUCACUUAUCCAGCGAUUCGAAACGGAGGAACCAGCUGUUAGACAAAGUGUUGCAUACCAACUGAGACAGCUUUUAUAUUCCAAGACAGCUGCAGAUAAUGAGCAAGAAACGAACAUGGGUACUGAUAUUACAGUCCCAUCAUGCGUGACAUCUGUUGAUUGUAAACCCGAUGAUAGCAAACCCUCAGCGCGCCCAACUAGUGCUGAUGUGAGCUUGGAUGGAUGUUUGAGAUGGUUAAGCGAUGGCUCGUGCCUAGCGGCACUUAAGAGGGAAACGGUGCGUGGAGAGCUGCUAUUGCGGGAUCAGAUUAGCCCUUUGGUCAUCUUCAAACCGGUCUUGGAUAUGCAGGAAAAUGCAAUGGAUUGUUAUAAUUAAUUUCUGGAGCACACUAGAGCCGACAUCAUAUCUGCCUGUCAAUAUAUUACCUGCCGGGGUUCCUGGUUUGGGGUUCUUUUUGAGAAUAAAUACUGAGAUUGAAUAGCCGA